AUGUCAAGAGUAAUAAUAAGUUUUAAUGUUUCAGAAUUAUCAUCUGAAUUUGAUGAUGAUUAUAUAUGUCCAAUUUGUAUGGAAACAUAUUAUGAAAAAGAAAUUUACCAAUGUAAAGAAGGUCAUUGUUCAUGUAAAGAAUGUUGGAUAAAAUCACUUGAAAAUAAAAAAGAGUGUAUGCAAUGUAAAAUUCAAGUAAAUUCAUUCAAUGAAGUGUCAAGAGUUAGACAAAUUGAAAAGUUUUUAUUAAAAACAGAUGUAUGUUGUCCAUAUUCAUUCAAAAAUAUUAUUAGAGUAGAUGAAAGUGAAGAAUUAAUAAAAGAUGGCAGUGGAUGUAAUAAAAUGAUUAAAUUGGGAGAAUUAGAUGAUCAUAUUGAAAAUUGUGGUUUUAGAUUUGUAGAAUGUGAAGGAUGCAUGGAUAUAUUCAGAUACAAUCAAAAUAAAAUUCAUAUUUCCAAAUGUGAAUAUCAAUAUAUAAAUUGUAAACAUUGUUCCAAAUUUAACUUAUUAAAAACAAUGGAACAACAUUAUUUCGAAUGUCCCUCGUUUUUAAUAGACUGUUUUGUAUGUAAUGAAAAAAUUAAAAGAGGAAAAAUGAGUAAACACAUAAAUAAAGAAUGUCAAGAAGUAGUUAUUUCAUGUAAAUUUUCACAGUUAGGAUGUAAUUAUAAAAUAAAAAGAAAAAAUUUAGAAAAUCAUUUAGAUCAAAUAAACCACACAAAACAAUUAUAUACUGCAAUAGAAUGUUUGAGCUCAUCAAUAGAACAUUUAAUCAUUAAAAAUAAUCAACUUUCAAAUAGUAUAAAUGAAUUAACUAAAGGUAAAGAAUAUAAAAAUAAAUGGAUUGUUUCAAACUAUUCCAAAAUUCAUCAUAAUGUUGGUGAUAGUUUGGAAUCUCCUACAUUUGGAUAUGAUACAAAUUUAUUUGAAAUCAGAUUAUAUAAAAAUGGAAAAAAUGAUGAGGAAUUUUAUCCAUAUGAUGAUGAUAUAUAUACAAGUAUAUUUCUUCAAUCUACAGGUAAACAAAAAAACAUAACAUUCUCAAUAACUUUAUUAAAUAAAAAUCCUACAAAGAACCAUACUCAUAUAUCCAAUGGUAAUAUAUCAACUUCAGGAUUUGGAUGGGAAUACUUUAUAAAAAGAGACGAAAUAAAUAAAGAAAAUGGAUAUGUAACAGAAGAUGACAAAGUAGAAUUUGAAUUUACAAUUACUUACCCUAAUACAAAGCCAUUGUUUUCAAAAUAAUUUUCAAACUAUCUAUUAAUAAUUUAUAUUAUUUUAAAUUAUGCAUUUUCUAUAUUUUUUUCACCAUCAUAAAGUUUAUUUUAUUAAAUAAAAUUUUUUUUACAUUAACAU